CGGCCUGGGCUGGAGCCGCGUCCGGGGGGGAGCGGGACCGGGACCAGAACCGGGACCAGGGGGUAGUGUGGAGCUGGCACAGAUGGCUGAGGGGAGGAGGCAGCUCCCUGGUGAGAGCAGCAGAGGCCCCCAGGACACAGCUCUGCAGCAGGAGGUGGAGAUGUGGUGCUGCUGAAGCCCCUUGGAGCUGCCCCAGGAGGACACCAGAGCAGGAGGCCCGAGGCUCCCCUUCUGCUUGACAUGGCCACCUCCCACUAGCCCUGCCAUGACUGCAUUCUUCCCCAGUGUUCCCAACUGGAUUCAAGAUGCAAAGCAGGAGGAGGAAGAGGCAGGCUGGAAAUUAGUCCCCAGAGCAAGAGGUGAAGAGCCCACGAGUCAGGGAAGAUGUCAGUGUGACACCUCAGAGCCCUCCUGCCCUGCUGGGGAGAAGCUGAGGACUCAGCCCCUGCCCCACAACGAGCAGAGACCCUACAGCUGCCCCCAGCUGCACUGUGGCAAAGCCUUUGCCUCCAAGUACAAGCUCUACAGGCACAUGGCCACGCACUCAGCGCAGAAGCCUCACCAGUGCGUGUACUGUCACAAGAUGUUCCACCGCAAGGAUCACCUCCGGAACCACCUGCAGACCCACGACCCGCACAAGGAGGCUCUGCACUGCCCCGACUGCGGCAAGAACUACAACACCAAGCUGGGCUUCAGGAGGCACCUGGCCAUGCACGCUGCUGCCAGCGGGGACCUGGGCUGCAAGGUGUGCCUGCAGACCUUCGAGAGCACCCAGGUGCUGCUGGAACACCUCAAAACCCACUCCAGGAGGGCGUCGGGGGGCACCAAGGAGAAGAAGCACCCGUGCGACCACUGCGACCGCCGCUUCUACACCCGCAAGGACGUCAGGAGGCACCUGGUGGUGCACACGGGCAGGAAGGACUUCUUGUGCCAGUACUGCGCCCAGAGGUUUGGCAGGAAGGACCAUCUGACCAGGCACGUGAAGAAAAGCCACUCCCAGGAGCUGCUGAAGAUCAAGACGGAGCCCGUGGACGUGCUGGGCCUGCUGAGCUGCGGCUCCUCCGUGGCGGUGAAGGAGGAGCUGAGCCCCGUGCUGUGCGUGGCCUCCAGAGACGUGAUGGGUGGGAAGAGCUUCCCGGGGGUGCUGCCCGUGGGCAUGUACAGCACACACCUCCCAACGGUGCCCGGCUCAGGGAUGCCCCAUUCUUUGGUUCCUAACUCUCUUCCCAUGGGAGUCAGCUACCCUCUGGAGUCUUCCUCUCCCAUCUCCUCCCCGCCGCAACCUCCUCCAAAGUAUCAGCUCGGAUCUACCUCAUAUUUGCCUGAGAAACUGCCCAAAGUAGAGGUGGACAGCUUCCUGUCGGACUUCCCUGGCAGCCUGUCUCUCUCAUCUGGUGAGCCUCAGUCCUCCUCGCCUCAGCCACCCCCCCUGGAUGAGGCUUUGCUUUCCAAGAGCCCUGCUAACCUCUCGGAGGCUCUCUGUGCUGCUAACAUGGACUUCUCUCAUCUUCUUGGCUUCCUCCCCCUGAAUCUUCCUCCUUGCAACCCUCCCGUGUCCUCGGGGGGGUUGGUCAUGGGCUACUCCCAGGGGGAGACACAGCCCCUGCUUACCACUUUGCAACAUCAACCUCAAGAACCUCCUGGAGCUGGGGCCUCCCUGAACUUUGGGCCCCUGCACUCACUGCCCCCUGUCUUCACCUCCAGCUUGAGCACAACCACUCUGCCACGGUUCCACCAGGCUUUCCAGUAAGCUGAGGAGCACUGGAGAGCAGAACUUUUCAGCCACCCUCCUGCAGAGAGCCUUAAAAACGCACAACUCUUACCUCCCUGUUGGGGUGGGGAAGCUUUGCCCAAGCUGUGCCAGACAGGAGCCUUCUGGUGUCUGGAGGGAGCACUUGUAGACUGGAGCAGUCCCCGUGCCAGGGAGCAGAUUCCAUCCAACAGGCUGGAUGCAUUUCUCUGCUGUUUGAUCUGUGAAUCAGGAGCCACGCUUAGCACUGACCUUCCCAGGAGCUCCUCUUGGGGAAGGGACUGUCCCUGAGAAGGAGCUGAGGCUCUUUCAACCUUGGGCUGAAACUUUUUGAAGAGUCCAGCUUCCAUUUCACAUCCCCACCCUGCAGCUCUGGCCCAGCAGCCAACACCUCCACGAGGAGGAGGAGGAGGAGAAGCCAGGACACCCCCUCUGUGUGAAGCCAACGGGGAAGAGGCUGAGGCUGCCCUUCCCCACUACCUCUCACCCAGCACAGCCUUCCCACCCCCUGCAGCUCACUCCACAUCAGUGUUAAAGCAACGAGACCGUUUACAUGGUGAUUCAGAGCCCUCACCUCCUCCUCUUCCUCCUCCUCCUCCUUCUUCUUCUCCGUGGAGCCCUCGGGUCAAAGCUCCUCAUGGUGAGCACUGUUUACACAGCACCAGUCUGUUCCCACCAUUACAAAAACAGAACAUAGGAGGCACCAGAAGCCCCCUGGGGGUAUCUCUGGUGUAGCCAGAACACUGUUUACACAAGGAAGUCAGGUUGCACUGAUUUCUCUUCACUGAUCCUCUUCUUUCCCCCAUGGGGAACACUCUGCUGCUCCGACCUCCACAGCGUGCCGGGGCUGGAGCAGCUCCAGCAGCUCCUCUGUGGGGUAGGGACAGAGCCCCUGGAGAGCUCCCCUGCAGGCAAACAGAUGGUGCAGCUGUUCUGGAAACCAAAGCAGGUGCAGAAGCUGAGUGAGGAGCUCGGGGAUGAGGAGCUCGGGGCCCUGGCACGGAUGGGAAGGGGCUCCCUGGGUUCCCCUGAGAUGAGGAGCAGAGCAGGAGUUCCCAGGGCUUUUAACCACAGCAGCUCAGCAAGGUCAGGACCCUUUUGGCUUAUCCAAGAAGCAGUGUCAAGAGAGACACUCUUACUCCCCCAGUCCUUGGGUGAUAACCUCCAGGAAUCGGGAGGAAAAACUGGUCCCAGUUUCACAGGGGCUGUGUGGGUGUGUUUGAGGCAUUUCCCCCAACACUAACAGCUCCAGCAGACACUGCAGGCUUGGCCCUGCAGUCCCCCUUCCACUUAGGAUUUGGUUCCACUGGCCUCUGGGUUCUCUCCUCCUCCAAGUCCUGCUUCCCCUGCCUCUCCUCUUAAAUCCUUCCGUGGCCUCUCUGCCCCCGAGGACAGCAGGGUGACACUGGAAGUGGCAGCUGAUGCCACUGAGCAUCUGUGUCCUCCCUGCUCUGGUUCCCUGGGCCCUUGCACAGUGCCUGCAGAGGUUGCUCCCACUGGACCUUGGUGUGUGGUGCUGGAUCUUCAGCCCUCAGCACGGGGGAGCCUCUCUGAGCCAGCACCAGCCAGGAAAUCCCUCAAUGUUCUUCUCCAUAAAUCUGGAAAAUGCAAAAUCUACCUCUGCUCUGUUGCCCCAGCCCCUCCCCAGAGCAUCUCAGCCCCCUGCACCUCCCAGCCCUGGUCCUGCAGCCUCCUCUGCUCACAGCCUCAUUCCCCUCCCGUUCUACUCCAGAAUUUUAUUUUUAAUUUAGCUUAGGAAUUCUCCCCAGAAUGACUGUUUAGUGAUCCAUUGAUUCUCCAGACCAUAGCUCAGUUGUUUUAGGCUAGCCAGCAAUGCUGCAAAUAAUACUUUUGUAUCAAAAAUGUAAUAUAAGAUUUAUUUACCUCAGCGCUGUCCUGUGGCAGUGCCCUCCCCGGGUGGCACUGCCUCCUCUCCACUCUGACGUUGCCUUUCGAAGCCCAGCGAGUGCCUUCUUGUUCCCCAACACAGAAAAGGUGAGCAGGGCAUCCCUGCCCCUCUGUUCACCACCACUGAAUACCUCAGGCCUGUCUUCUGUUGCUUUGCUCUUUGCAAACUGAGAGAGUUCCACACUGCUGUCAGUGAUGUGCAAGCCUUAGAGCCCUGGCUGCCACUGAGAGGAUUUAUUUUAUUUUUUCAAAGAGAUAAAUGGUCAGAACUGGUCCCUCCCUGCAGGGGUCUGGGAUUUAUGCAAUGCCAGCACAACCCCCACUGCCUCAGCACGUUCAGCUUUCCUGCUUGUUCCUGCAUUGUACUCUGAACAGAUGUCAGCACUGGAAUUCCUUUAGCAGUGGUAGCUAAACUUAGAGCCAGGCAGCUUUUCCCUACCCGUAGUCUGUCAAAGAAUAAA